AUGGAUCAAGCGGCGAAUCUCACCAGUGGCACAGGAGCGACGCUCGCCGCAGUCCUUCAGCAUUGGCAACACAAGGCGGCACCUCGAAAGGCUGGAGUUGAGCCUCUACCAGACGAGCCGACAAGAGCAUACAGAGGCACAAAGGUCGACAUCACCGAGCUGCAGCCUCCGACACCAAGGACGCUCAAGACCUUUUCAGAACCACCCUUGCGAGAGUGGCCGCAUGAACCCGUUCCCAUCACCAAUGAACCCGUCGUCGAACACACUCUGGACGCCGUCGACGUGAUCUUAUGUCUGCUUCCCUGUGUCCUGAUAAUGAAAGCCGGACUCUGUGUCCUUGCUCAUCAGAUUGACAAGACGCAUGUGGGAGCCUCCAUCGACAAAACCAGUCAGCUAACCCUGCGCCUGAUCGAGUUUAACAACCAGCUGACCACCAUCUUCACCAUCCUCUUCAUCGUCAUUGUCUCCACGACAGUGCGGCGGUAUGCGCUGUGGAAGGCAGAAAGGGGAGCCACUCUCGGGGAGAUCGAGCAACUGCACGCAUCCAUCAGCUUGACGGCAACUCUCAAAGCUAUCUGGUCACUGCGGAGAUUCACUUUGACUGGUGUGUCAUUAGUCUUCCUGUGGUCUUGGUACUACGUGGGAUCUCAAGCGGCGACGCGGGAAUAUUCGUACCGCGAUUCGGCCAACUUUGGGACUCAGUCGGUCGCAUUUCUCAGUUCGCAUGCCGUAUCUCCUUUCCAAGGCGACGAAAUCGACAUCGACAAGGUCUCGCCCGUCAAGCUGACCGACAUGACGGCGCGAUAUCACCUGUACAGUGCGUUCACGGAGGGGACCCAGAAGACCAACGUGCAAGGGGUCAGAGAAGUACAAGGAGCAGACAUCUACGGCGCCACUCUCACACCGUGGUACGGCCCUGCGCGGGACAGUUCUUCCCUCGAAUUCGACCGUCAUGGAUGGCUGGAGAUCCCGCACAUGUCUGACCAGCCCGUCAUGUCGUCGAUCGGGACGUCUCUGUAUUGGAUGAACCAGACGGCCGGAGCGAAUGCUUGGACGCCGCAGAAGAUGGUGGGAUCCUUCACCUACCAGGUUUCCAACUUCCAGGCCAACUGCACGGCGCCGUUCCUGUCCACAAAGGCCAAGCCAAAGGGGUCGCUGCCGGCCGUGUCCACCACGAUGAACAUGACCACCAUGCCCUCGGACGCGACCAAGCCCCGCGAGCUAUACUUCUGGAACUGGGUCAACGACACCCACAGCCUGACCUCGACCUGCGAGAUGACCAAUGUCACAGUCCAGAUCCAUGCGAUAUGCACGGCGGCGACCUGCAAGCCAACGCGGAUGAAACAUGUCAGCACAUCCCAACGUACAUUGCUCGAUUCCGACGUCUUUGCCACUCCCUUCCUUAAUGGCCUGCUCCUGGCGUGCGGAAUGCCGCAACGUGAGGGCGACUACUCGACAUUCGACAGCGACAACGGACUGGUUGACCUGAAGAACGCUCUGGGCCAGGACAAGCUCGACGAUGUGUCGCUCCUUGAGCAGGCCAGCGCGGAAGCACAAUUCCCCCUGUCGAUGGCCAUCACGCGAUACAUGAACACGUACUUCACGUCCUCGCAGAUGCUGCGCUACGAGAGCAAUUUCCAGGACGACCUGGCGGUCAACGGGUUCCUGACGCUGAACAACAACUCGGAUUUCAGCUUCCUUAGCAUGAAGGGCGCCAUCUACAACCCGCAAUACUCCUUGUCGUGGCCGUGGCUGAUCAUGGACAUCAUGUCCAACACGGUCCUCCUCGCGGCGGCAGUGGCGGCGCUGUGGCUGCGGAAGCACACCCUGGCCCCCGACAUCUUCGGUUUCGUGAGCAGCUUGACCAGGGACAACCCGCAUCUAAACCUGCCCGAAGGAGGCAGCACGCUUUCGGGCAUUGAGCGCAGCAGGAGGAUGAAGAAGGUCCGGGUCAAGAUUGCAGAUGUGGGUGAGCAUUCGAGCGUCGGACGCGUUGGCCUGACACAGGUUGAUGGACUGGAGGACGUCAAGGAUUUGGAAAAGGGGAGGACUUACUAUUAA